UUAGUCUGUCAUUCAACUCUCGAAAUGCUCCUCAUUCAUUAUCAUCAUAUCGCCAAAAGUAAGGUGUAUUGUGUCUAGACGAAAAAUUCUGCGUAAAAAUACUAUCCUUCAGCGUUUUUGGUGCAAAAAAAACUCGCUCUGAAAGGGGAUGAAAUCGGACUAAAGUUAAUUUGGCUAAGCGACUGUUCGCCGAGACGUGCAGACGUAACAAUAAACAAUACACAAGCCAUACAAUUGUUGGAACAAUGGCAAUGAUAAAGACUCCCGAACAAAAAGUAAUUUUGUGUGGUGAAUAUGGUGCGGGAAAGAGUUCUAUCUUUCGACGGUUCACGAAUGACACAUUCGUCACUGGUACUGACAGAAAGUCGACAUUAGGUUUAGAUCAUUUUCAGAAAGUCUAUCAAGUCAUAGAUCGGGAUAUAAAGCUCCAGCUUUGGGACACAGGCGGAAUGGAACGAGUAGCAUCGGUAACAUCCAGUUACUACAAAUUUGCUGAGGCGGCCAUUCUAGUAUUUGCCUUAGACAAUUUGCCAUCAUUCCAUGCGCUCUCCCAACAUAUGCUGGACAUAGUUUCUUAUGCUGAAAAUGCGAAAAUAUUCCUUUGCGGAAAUAAAAUGGACCUGGAAGGAACCAAUCCGCAGGUGACCGAGGCGGAUAUGGAAGACUUUUGCGAACAAUGCCAAUCGUUGAUCAGUGCCACCUAUAAAGUGUCAUGUAAAACUGGUGCUGGCAUCGAAGAGAUGUUCCAAGACAUUGCCAAUAUUUUAGCCGAGUCGAAUCGAUCGCGAUUAGAAUUGAAAGCGUUAGAACAACACGGUAGCUUUAAGGUGCAACCGCCUGCCGAGGGUGAAGAGAAACCAUGUGUUUGCUAGUUUUAUUUAAAUUCUCACAUAUUGGUUCCAGCCAUUUCAGAGAGAAGAAAAGUGCAAAUGAAAAGAGUUAAAAUCACGAAAAGUGGAAAAACAAAUUUUUUUGAUAGCAAAACGAAUUAUGUGUGCAAAACUAGUCAAGUCCAAAUAAGAGUUCAGCCAGCAGUGAAAAUCACUUGCUGUCUGUUUUGUUUCACGUGUUUAUGUAAUAGCUGAUGCUUUGUUUGUGUACCGAUAAAAUUAAAAAAAUAUUUUUACUCAAAACACAAUCA